ACAACACAAAACAUUUUGAAAGAUGGUUACAUGUUUUGAUUUUAUCGUUUCAUAUUUACAGUAAAAUUAUAAGCUUAUGUUAUAACCUUGUGGCAUCAGUGAUUUGGAGAAAAUAGAGUAGUUCCGUUUUCUUCUUUGGAUGCGAAUAAAUAAAAUCGCUGUUUACCAUAUUGUGUUGUUGAGCAGUGCUCUGCAACACAUUUCAAAAAAUUUGUCAUGGGAAAUACUGAUACUAAGUUAAAUUUUCGGAAAGCAGUUAUUCAAUUGACUACCAAGACGCAGCUCAUAGAUGCUAAAGAUGAUAUAUUUUGGGAUCAGUUUUGGUCCGAAAGUGUGCAGAGUGCUCAAGAUGUAUUUACUUUGAUACCAGCAGCAGAAAUUCGAGCGUUGAGAGAAGAAUCACCUUCAAACUUAGCUACCUUAUGUUAUAAAGCAGUAGAAAAGCUUGUUGCUGCAGCAGAUAGUUUAUGCAAUACUCACGUGCAACAACAAACAGUUCUGAACUGUGUUAGACUCUUGAUUCGAAUCUUGCCUUACAUUUUUGAAGAACCUGAUUGGAGAGGAUUUUUUUGGUCCAGUUUACCGGGCAAAUCCAGUGAAGACACGGAUAGUGAGGCUGAAAAUAUGCCUCUUUCUCAGUCAUUGAUUAGUGCCCUCUGUGAUCUUCUUUUUUGCCCGGAUUUCACAGUUUCAUCUGGGAAAAAAGCUGGACCAGAUAAUCCAGAGGAUUUACAAUCCAUUGAUAGUUGUGAAUAUAUAUGGGAAGCAGGAGUUGGUUUUGCUCAUACUCCUACCCAUGUUCCUCAGCAUGAUUACAACAGAACUGAAAUCCUAAAACUGCUUUUAGCAUGUUUUAGUCAAACUAUGUACAUGCCUGCUUCAGAAGUUAACUUGAACCCCAACAAAUGGAUUCAAUACUUUACCUCUGCAGACAAUAGGCAUGCAUUACCACUAUUCACAUCUCUAUUGAAUGUUGUUUGUGCUUAUGAUCCUGUGGGAUAUGGUGUUCCUUUCAACCACUUACUUUUUACUGAUUCACGAGAACCUUUAGUAGAAGUUGCCUUGCAGUUGCUGGUUGUGUCUCUUGACCAUGACUUUAGAGAAGCCUCUGAUGAGAAUACUGACAAAGCUUUUCCAAGUAACCUCUUUAUCAAUUACCUUUCUCGUAUACACAGAGAAGAAGAUUUCAACUUUAUUUUAAAGGGUUUCACAAGGCUUCUCAACAAUCCUUUAAUUCAGACGUACAUUCCAAAUUCAACAAAAAAGGUGCAGUUUCACCAAGAGCUGCUUAUUUUCUUCUGGAAAAUAUGUGAUUAUAAUAAAAAAUUUAUGUUUUAUGUGCUGAAAAGUAGUGAAGUUCUUGAAGUCUUAGUUCCUAUUCUGUACCAUCUAAAUGAUGCUAGGGCUGAUCAAUCCAGAGUAGGUCUUGUUCACAUUGGAGUUUUCAUUCUACUCCUUUUGAGUGGGGAAAGGAAUUUUGGAGUAAGACUGAAUAAGCCGUAUACUGCAAGUGUACCUAUGGACAUUCCAGUUUUUACUGGAACACAUGCUGAUCUUUUAAUCAUUGUUUUUCACAAAAUUAUAACAACUGGUCAUCAACGUUUACAACCUCUGUUUGACUGUCUGUUAACUAUUGUUGUAAAUGUUUCACCUUAUUUGAAGACUUUAUCAAUGGUUGCCAGCACUAAGCUUUUGCAUCUUCUGGAGGCUUUUAGCACUCCAUGGUAUCUAUAUACAAGUGCAACAAACCAUCAUCUUGUAUUUUUCUUGUUAGAAAUUUUUAAUAAUAUUAUUCAAUAUCAGUUUGAUGGAAAUUCCAAUUUGGUGUAUACAAUUAUUCGUAAGCGCAAUGUAUUCCACUCUUUGGCUAAUCUUCCAACCGAUCAUAGCACGAUUCAAAAAUCGCUUAGCAAAAGGAACAAACUAGUUCCUUCUAACAGUAACAUGAGUCUGAAUAGCUACGCAUCAGGAACAAACAACCAAAGUAUGGAAGGAUCAACUCCAGCUAAACCAGCAGAAAAAGGAACUCUAAAUGCAUCACUAGCUGCAACACCUCGCAUUGACAAAAUGACUGAAAGAGAACGUGCUCACCCUCCAAGUUUGCCUACAAGUCCUACAGAUACUACUGCACCUCCAUUGCCAGAUUCUGCAUUUUCUCCCAAUUCCUCUGAAAAAUUAGAUAGCCUGACGAAAUCACCUCAAAGUUCAGAACCUGAAGGUCAAGAAAUGUUGAAGAGUGUUUCUAGCAGUAAAGUGGAAACAGCAAAUACUGAAGACAAAUCUGAGAACUCAUUGCCACAAAUCUCACCUCCUUUAAGUCCUACUCCUUCUAUUGACUCAUCCAGCUCAGAAGCUACAUCUUCUGCUCCUAACAACACUUUCAACAGGACGCGAGCAAGUUCUGCUGCUAGUUUUUCUACUACUGGUUCGAUGGCAGGCUUAUCUUUAAGUAAUUGGAUACCUACUUCUGACUGGGUUAUUUCAUGGAAGCAGAAGUUGCCACUUCAAACAAUAAUGAGACUUCUGCAAGUGCUUGUACCUCAAGUCGAAAAAAUUUGCAUAGACAAAGGUUUGACAGAUGAAAGUGAAAUAUUAAAGUUUUUACAGCAUGGAACUUUGGUUGGUCUGUUGCCUGUUCCACAUCCUAUUUUAAUUCGAAAAUAUCAGGCUAAUAGUGGUACAACCAUGUGGUUCCGCACAUACAUGUGGGGAGUUAUUUAUUUACGCAAUGUUGAUCCACCAAUCUGGUAUGAUACAGAUGUCAAGUUGUUUGAAAUACAAAGAAUUUAAUGAUUCUAAGAAAUUUUGCUCUACGUUGUGGACAUUCACGAGCAGUAAUCGAUUAUUCCAAAAAAAAAAAGAAAAAACUAUAAUUACCUGUUGUUUCAGCCAAUAUUUGAAAUUAUCUUGAAAUAUUUUUUGGAAGUGGCAUUGUGUAAAAAUGUAUUAGCUAACAAUUAUUUUUAUAGAGAUGGUAUUGGGAUUGAAAAAAUUAUAUUUAUUAUAUACCAAAGAAUCAUUUUGAUCUCAUAUAUUAGUUUUUAAAUAUGUCAGUUUUAUUGAAAUGUUUCAACAAUUUUAAAAGUUUAUUUAAAUUUAUGAGAAACCAAAAGUGCAAUGCGUAAAUAUUAUCAUUAUUAUUGUUUUGAGCUUUGCUCUUUUGUUGAUCAAUUUUAGAUUUAUUUUAAACUCAUUUAAUUGCAUUAAAAUUUAGUCAUUUUAACCUUAAUGCAUUAUGAAUAAAUGUACUUCAAUUCCAAAUCUAUAUACAUAUAUAUUAUCUAUGUCUAUAUUGCAUUUCCACUUGGCAUUUCACAAUUUGAAUUUUUAUUAUUAAUUUAUGUUAGCACUGAGUGUUUGAAAGAGAAAAAUAUCUCCGGUGAUUAUAUUCUAAGAAAAAAAAAUCAUUCUCUUCCUGUUUUUUUUCCCCUUAAAUAUUGUUUUAUUUAUGAGUAUCUUGAAUGUAACAUUUAAAUUUUUUAAUGGAGAAUACAGUAUUUUGCUAAUUAUUCAAAUAUAAAACUGCAACAUGAAAUAUUAUUCAUUGACUGCAUAAAAUAAACAUACACAAUUUAUGGUUAUAUACAAAACUUUUAAAAAUGCUUUAGGUGCUAAUAAUCUUUAGCUUGUAUUUCAAAUCAAAAUAAUCAGGUAUCUGUUUUUCUCCUUUCAGCAUAUUUAUAAAUAAAACAACUGUAUCCUUAAGUUUUAAGAAUAACUGUGAUGUUUAUUACCUCUAGUACACCAUUAUGUUAUUGAUAUUUGUUUGAAAUUCAGUAUUUUAUAAGCACCUUUUUUGUACUUUUUGUUUAUU